AUGAAGUCCCUCCGUCGAGAACGGGCGCGAAGUGAGAGUCCGGCUGUGUCGGGCUCUCACUCGCCCGUUGGCCGCGGUGAUGCUCAUCUGGAGCUACAAAAUCACUUAGCUGAGUUUUCGAAAAGCGGCGUGCCGGCCCUACAAGGGUUCGUCCUAGCAGCCAUUCCAGAAAACUCGUUCUCCUAUCUGAUGUGGUCAGAGCAAUCAGGAAAUCUAGAACUGGCUUACAAUUGGAAAACUUUGGAUGAGAAUGAGAAAAAGAAGCAAGCCGUUGUUCGGGAGUUGGUGGAGACGGAAGCGAACUAUAUACAACACUUGAUGGUGAUUGUUGAGGUAUUUAUUGCCGCAGCACAUUCACUUCAGGACAGCGGCAAAAUGCUGGAUGUUGACACAGCAAAGUUAUUUUCAAAUAUACCAGAUUUGCUUAACGCCAAUCUGGUAUUUUGGAACAUAACAUUCUAUCCAAUGGUUAAAGAUGCCGUGGAAAACAAAACUCCUUAUAAGGUAGAAUUAAUGGCUGACGGAUUUAGUCGUUUUCACGAGAUCUUUCAGCCAUACGAAAAAUAUAUGAGUGAGCAGGCGAAAAUGAUGACAUACUUGAGAUUUAUGCAAAACGACCCGGAAUUUUCCCUGUACCUUAAUUGGUGCUAUACGAACAAAUCAUGUAACAGACUCCAGUUAUCCGACUUACUUGUUAAGCCCAUGCAGCGGCUUACUAAGUAUAGUCUUAUGCUUCGUCGAGUCGUUGCAUACGCUAAAUCAAAUGAAGAAUCUGUUACACUAAAGUCUAUGGAAAAUUUCGUUAGAGGUUACGUGAUUGACUUAAAUCGGUCUAUGCGUCAACGUGAUGAAAUAGAGAAACUUGAUGAGUUGUUAAACUCUGUUGAGCCAUAUGAAUUGGAAUUUAAAGAUGAGGAAAUGGAACGUGCUUUCAGGACAUAUUGCUCGUUAAAUUUAAAAGCAUCCGUGUUUAAUUCUACAGAAUUGCCUUUGCGCAACUUAGUAUACGAGUGUAACGUGAGGUUUAAGGAUAACAUAGGAAAGGAGACUGAAAUAAAACUAUUUCUUUUGACGGACGUGAUGUUAAUUUGUAAGAAACAGUCAAAAGGAAGUGCAUUGCCGUAUAAAAUGAUAAGACCCAAAAUAUUUUUGGAGAGACUUGUAACAUGGCAUAAAUCAGCAAAAAGCCAGCUCCAGUCAAAUAGUCUCAUUUAUGUUAUAGUGGAUGAAUCUAAUUCAGCAAUAGGAUGUUUUACGCUAAGCGAAUCUACGAAAGAUUCAACUCCAACGCAAACACUUAAGACCUUAGAAAUAAAAAUUAAAGAAGCUCGACUUUCCCACGCAUUAAUAAUUUGGGCAGCCAUAAAUCCAUCGCGCGAGCUAAGUGAGAUAGAAUCGAGUGAAGCAUAUCCUAUGAAGGUGAAGACUGCUGAAGAUAUAGCUAUUGAGAACGAAGCUCGUGAAAGAGUUGCGUGCAUGUUACACCGAGGCAUGGGCGUGUCGACUGAUGAGUGUUCACAAUCAUUCACCACCGAUUCCAACGAGGCUCCCGGGGAUGUUGCCAGUUAUAGCCGAAUUGGCAAUCAGAGACACUAUAUGCAUCGGUUAUCAACAGCCAGUUCACGACAAUCUCGUUUAUCCAGUUUCCAGCAAUCACUCAGUGCCGCUUCCCGUGACGAACCUUACCCCGGGCCAAGCAAAAUAAACCGAACAGGCAGCUCUCUUGAACACCCGGUUUCAUCAAUCACAGUAAAUGUGGUGAGUGAGGCAGAAACACCAACGGAACAGGAACCAUUGGUAGCGGAUGGGUUAACACUCCAUGUUACGCCAGCGCCCGAGUCGCCACACUCCUUGUCACCCCAUUCGAACAAUGUUUCCGUUUUGAGCAGCCAUCCGGACCUUAAUCCAGACGCAAUUACUCUUUCUCUAAGAGCGCCGUCAGCUUCUGAGAGGCUAUAUCAGUCUCAUCAGGAACUUCUAGAACGCAAUCGUUUGGCAGCAUCACAAGCUUCUCAGUUUUUAACUCCUGAUCAUCGUGGAAGUAGUUAUCCUCCCCCAAGUCCUACAAGGGCGUCAUUAAAACGGGGGUUAGCAUUCUCUUACUCAUUCAAAAAUCCGCCUUUGAGCAAGAUGGGAAAUGUCCAUAGUCAGCCACAUUUGGACGCCGCAAUGUAUGCUAGUCAGGGCCAUUUGGAAAGACAGCCAAGUCCUAGUACAAGCGAAAAAAGCGACAAGAAACAUAAAUAUUUUACAACCAGAAACAAGACAACAUCGAGCACAGACCCUGAAGAAUCAGCAGCCAGCUCUACUGUACCUACGCGUUACCACUCCGUUCAAGAAAAUAUUAGUGAGAGUGAAAUACACAGAGGGGAUGAGGGGAGUAGAUGA